AGUGAACAGCAGGCGACCCGGAAGGUGUGGACGCGCAAGGAAGGCGAGCAGGCAGGGAGAACAUCUCAACCUUUUUAUAUGUAUACAUAUUGAUAUAUAUAUAUUCAUUCGCCAAAAGCUGCAAUCGGCGUAGCAGGUCUGUAUUAUGAUCUUUCUCUCUUUUUCCAUCUUAGCGUUGCAACUUUAAAAGCACUUUUUGUUUACUGGUGAUAGGAUUUUUUUUUUCCGGAAGAUUUGACUUGCAAAAAAAAAAAAAAAAAAAAAAAAAAAGUUGCAAAUUAAAAAAAAAAACAGCCCAGGGAAAGCCAACAGGCGUACGUUUCAGGGAGGGAGAGCGAGCGCGAGGGAGAGACACACACAUGCGUGUCUUUGUAAGAUUUGUCGUUUUGCAAGGACCUCGAUGAGUUCCGCGAGACGGGAGUCGGCGUGCUUCGGCAUUUGCAGCUCGCGGCUCGGAAUGGCACGAAAGGAAAGCGAGCGGCGAGAAGAAGCCCCAAUCGGCCAUCGUGCCUUGCCGAGGGAGCACUUUUUGCAAGGAUGGCAGAGCCACGGUUUAAUAAUCCCUAUUUCUGGCCACCACCUCCCACUAUGCCCAGCCAGCUGGAUAACCUAGUGCUGAUCAACAAAAUAAAAGAGCAGCUAAUGGCAGAAAAGAUUCGGCCCCCCCACCUCCCCCCUACUUCGGUCCCAUCUCAACAGCCUUUACUGGUGCCACCUACCUCUUCAGAAAGUGGGCAACCUGUGAUGUCCAUCCCCAAACUGCAGCAGGUUCCUGGUCUUCAUUCACACACACCAUCCCAGCCUGAUAUCGCUCUUCAUGCUCGGCCAGCAUCCAGUACUGUUACAGGCCUUAUUCUCGGAGAUGUAAACUUGAAUCUCGAUGAUAAGAGCUCUGUAAAAGCAAAAGGGCUGUGGGAAGACUGGCAUUUACGUCAAAUCAUAGACCAACCAAUUAGAAAGAAUCAUUUAUCAGGACUCUCCCUUUCAUCACGCACAUCAGAGGCUGUUACCCCAACCACUCCCACCUCAUCCAACCAGAGUCGUCUUGGUGGAGCAACAUCUCCAAAUCAUGUGUCAGGAUUGGCCAGUGGACCAGCUCUGGAACCAGCCAAGAGUGCAGGACUAUCUGGGUUGUUGGGAGUCCCAACCAAGACAGAACGUGGCCGCAAGAAGAUUAAGGCUGAGAAUACUGGUCCGCUGUUGGUGGUGCCAUAUCCUAUCUUAGCAUCGGGCAAUGACCAGUCCACCGUCACAAUCACUGCCAAAGAGGGGAAAACGUACAGGUUGGAAAAUAAGCGGUGUAAAGUAUGCCCCUUGACUUUCUUCACCAAGUCAGAAAUGCAGAUCCACUCCAAGUCACACACAGAAGCCAAACCUCACAAAUGCCCACACUGUUCCAAGUCAUUUGCCAAUGCCUCCUACUUGGCACAGCAUCUACGCAUCCAUUUGGGUGUCAAGCCUUACCACUGCUCUUACUGUGAGAAGUCUUUUCGGCAGCUUUCUCACCUGCAGCAGCACACCAGAAUCCACACUGGAGACCGGCCAUAUAAAUGUGCUCAUCCAGGCUGUGAAAAAGCAUUCACUCAGCUCUCCAAUCUCCAGUCUCACCAGAGGCAACACAACAAAGACAAGCCCUACAAGUGUCCAAAUUGCUACCGCGCGUAUUCUGACUCGGCCUCACUGCAGAUCCACCUGUCAGCACACGCCAUCAAGAAUGCCAAGGCCUACUGCUGUAGCAUGUGUGGCCGGGCCUACACCUCAGAGACCUACUUAAUGAAGCACAUGUCAAAACAUACAGUGGUGGAGCAUCUAGUCAACCAUCAUUCCCCUCAGAGGACAGAGUCGCCGAACAUUCCCAUCCGGAUCUCACUUAUUUAAAAAUACAGUGACUACAAGCUCCAUCUUUGUCAACUGGGUCUUGUUUAUAGGGGGCAUUUUGUUUCUCCUCUUUUCAUGUUUUGCUCCCCUUGAUGCAGUCACAACUGGCUGUAUUUUGAAGUGUCAGCUCUUCAGCAUGUGCCAGACUGUUUGUAUUUUAACAAAGCGGGCAGUGGCUAGGUUGGGUGGGUAUCCAAAGACAAUUUUUAGAGCACUUUUAAGGCCUCAUCCUUUUGGCCAAAAAAGAUUUCUUCUCUGUUUCAGCAUAAUAAAUGGCAACAUUAAAGGCAGCUAAGGUUUGAUGUACACAGGUUGUUUGAGACACAGUAACUGCCAUCUGUUUUCUCCUCUCCCUCUUUAUAAUUUUCUUUUGUUGUUUAUUCUUGUUACCUUGCAGUAUAAAUUACACCCAUUUUCUUAAUUGUAUUCCACUGAGACCAAUCUGCAGAGAGAAACACCAUUUAGACUCCAGUUUUAUACUGAAAGUUCUGGUAUUGGGCCAACACUCCUGAUACUGUGAAUCCCAGACUAACCAUUACUGUACCUGCUUUGUAUUUGUGAUCUGUUGCUUCUCACUGCUUCCAACAUAUGCAUUUAUGCAUUCACGUUUCAGCAAAUGUAUGUUUACUGUGUCACUUCUCUAACUGCCUUGUCUUUUUAUAAUCGCUGAAAGAGAAAAUUGAAUCUAGAAAUGUGGAAAGAAAUCUGCAAUAAUACAAUCACAGUAAAAGGUGCACUCACGUGACCAGGCUAAAUGUACCAACCAUAGUAUAAGCAAGCUUACCUUAGCCAACAGAGGUCUCUUGUUUACGUGCUUUUCAGAGUUUGUUCAUUUACAAUUUCUACAGCAGAUAUUGCUUCAAAAUGGAGGUUUUCUUCAAGCUGGUAGCAUCCAUGUGUAAUUUGCCUGCCAGAAUUUGCCAUGUUGUUUCUUGCAAUCUUGGACAUAAAUUGCACUGUUGACGUAUACUGUCCAGAAGCAUGAAGACAAAUCAGAUGCCAAACCAUAGGCAUUAGGAAGAGUAUAUUUUCUUUGGAAUCACAUCAUCCUUCUCACAAGGGAUUUUGUAUCAUGUGGCUCUAAAAAUUCUGAAAGUUAGGUGAACAAAAGGAAAAAGGUUUCACCCUUUUUAAUCACCUCCUGCAGCAUCAUUCAGUUGUAAAAUGUGCUCCAGAAGCUGAGUAGUUAAGAUAAGAACUAGUAUAGGGGGACAAUGGGGAGAUACUUAAGUGACUGCAGCAUUUAAAGAGCAGAGUUGUGUAGGAUGCAGUAAGCCAUUCACCAGUUUAUGCCAAAUGCACUUUUACAAGGUAACUUUUUUGAGAACUGCAGCAAAUUUUUACAUCUAAAGAGACUGAUAUAAAGGACUAGUAAACAGUGUCUGUUGCAUGUGGUUAACAUUUGGUAUCCUUUGCGCUGCCUGGAUGUAAAUAUUUGGUUGUCUGUUACAGUUGGUGAUAAUCAAUUGAAGACCGCAGAGCUAAAAAGCUGACCCUAACCCAAAACUUUUUUCCUCUUGUAGAGUUUUCAUACAGCGAAGUGAUACUAUUUGCUUGAAUCUGUCUGACCUAGCAACUAUGCUGUUUGUCUUAGUAUUGCCUCCUGCUUCUUUUGAGCAGAAGGCAGUCUCAGCUGUUUCUCAAGCCCACUGCCUGGUGCACAACAAUGAAGUAGUGUGCAGUAGUUAAGGGGAUUGUUAGAGAAGCUACAGCAUGGCAUAAUCAUAGAAGGAAUGCUUUAAGCUAAUUACUUUGUCAAUAUGAAGUUUUUGUUAACAUGUAGCAUGAAACUUUAAAGGCUGUUUUAGCUCAUUAGUGCCCAGACAUCCUGCCAGCUAUCUAGAUGUCUCCAGUCACAAAAAGACCUUAGGGAGCUUGCUUUUUCAUACUAGUGGAAAAUAUCUAACUGUUGGAAUAAAAUUAAUGAGUGGGGAGUCUCCCAAACAUGGCAAAAGUGCCCAAAGUAAUAUGCAUCCUUCACUAGAAAAGCACCGAACCUUCUUUGUUUUUCUAGGGUUGAGAAGCUUCAUGUAGUUCUCAAGUUUAUUAUCAGUGUUUAAUGAUCUGUAGAGAGUCCUUAUGCUUGACCAAAUUAUUGCACUAGUAAAGCUUUAUUUUAAUGGAUCUUAUUUCAACUGAUAGUUGGUACAGUUUUUGUGAUAUUGUGGGAAAGUACCCUAGUCUUGUUAGAAUCUGUAAAAUGCACAUCACAUGGAAUGCUUCAGAAAUAAAAUGCAACAAGAUGAGUGUGUGGCUCCAUUUCCAACAUCACAGUAGUACUAUCAAUUUGAAAUCUGUAGUCUGAGCAAAUACAGGCUUCAAACUGCCCAAAGACCAUUUGUUAUGCUUUUAGGUGCUGUACUGUCAAAACACACUGCCCUUCCUUUAAUUUGUCUUCUCUGAUAAAUCUACCAUCAGUGUUUUGAACACUUUUUUUUUUAACUCUGCAACAUCUGAAAGACUUGUGUAAAGCUGUGUCAAAGUUGACACACACACAAUAGCAAAUUGUUACAGCCUUCUGAGAACUGCAGUCACCCAGUUUACCCAAUUCUUGUGAGCAAUGUUUUGUUUGCACUAAACCCACUGACAGAAUCAAAACUGAUCAGAUUACAUACUUGUGUUGAACCUUGUCCAUUGUAUUUAAAACAUUGCAGGCUCUGGGCUUUUAUUAACACUCUACUGGAAUUGUACAAGUAGAAAUGUUCCUUUGUAGGAAGCUCAAUAGAAGCUACAGAUGUUUGUCAUUUUUCUCAUGAUAAAUUUAAGUUUUGUCUCCGUUGUGAUGUUGCCCUCAGCAUGUCUUGGUGAACAGUGUUUAGUUUAGCCAAGCCUUAACAUUCAGCCCCAAGACAUAGUCAAAGAUUGGUGGUUUUAGGGACUUUAUAGGAGCACAUAAAUAAAUUAAAUAUGCCCCCAGCUCACUGAUAAAGUAGUUGCACAUUUUUAAGAAAUGGGACUGUGGUUCAGCAAAACCAAACCACUGCACAUAUCGUGAUUGGUGAUGCUUUGUGAUUAACAGAAGAAAGCAGUCAAAUUGAAGACUUUACAAGUCACUAGAUAGGAAAUAAAUGUUGUGGCCUGAUAGUUAAAUAAAUGGUACAUUUGUUCUAUUGAUUACUAAAGGUACUCUCUACACUGUUUCCAUUAGGACGCAUGUGUUUAAGGGACUGCUCUUUGUGUAACUCUGUGAUACCACUAAUGGUACCACCUGCUAUGGAUGCAUAUGAAUGGCAGGCUUUAUUUGCUAAUCUGAAUCAACAAGCAUUUUGCAGAAAGUAUGCUUUGUCCUAGCAACAUCUCCUUUUAUCUUUUUGCGCUUGACACCAAGCAUUUUUUAUAGUGUGUUUUUUUUGUUUUUGUUUUUUUUUUUUUGCACACAGGGCACUUGGUUGUCAAAAAAUAAAAGCAAACUUGUGUGUGCACUGUUUAUUCAUCAAAACAACUUCCAAACUAUAAAUAGCGUGAUUGUGCUGAGCAGAGAGAAAAGAGUGCUUGGGGGGCACUUUAAUACUUCCCCAUCACUUAGGGCACUUUGUGACAUUCACACUUUACCAGCUUCCUACGCCAUUUCUCUUUGUAUAUUUGUGUUUCUUUGAGAAAGUGAGUGCCUCAUCUCAUCUACAGCCUCAGUAUGAUACAAUGUCGAUGUGCCAAGAGGUUGUAGAGCAGCAUGAGUCAUGGGUCCUAACUGUGUGGUUUCACCAAGUUUCCCACAAUGGCCUUUUAGGAAAAGGUCACAGUAUGCUCGCUGAUUUGGCCAACAGCUUUCCUUUGUUUGUAGACUGAUGAUUUUGCUAUGCUGAAGAAGCAUGAUAGUGUUGUUGGGGAGCAUCAUGGGAUGCAAUAAAGAAGUGUGCAGUAUUCAGGAAUCAAGGUCAUCUUUUUAAAGAAUGUGCAUUUACGUAGCUCCUAGAGAAAACAAAGUGGGGUUUUAAAUGUUGCACCAUGGGUCUUGACCUACUUUUUAUUCCUCUUAAGGUUUUCUGUCUAGCUAAAUGCACCCUCUUGGUUGCUGUGCAUCAGUGGAGGACUCACUCAUUGUGUGCUGUCUUGUUGUCCUUUCCCUUCAGUAUUUAGCCUGGUCCUCCCAAGCACCCAUACCACCCCCCACCCACACGCAUUCCUCACUGCCAUUAAAUCGUCUGCACCUCUUAGUGCUGGGCAGAAUGGAUAUUCUGAAUAUGUUCCUAGCCCAAUGGUGAAGCAGACACCCCUUGCACUGAAACAGACAUAGCACAUUAACUCCCCUGUGCCCGUCCCUCACUCUUAGAAGCAAAACGUGACAGCUGAGGAACAAUGGAGGGCUCUUGGCACCCAAAACAGCAGUCUACUGGGCUGCUAAAGCUGACAGCGUAUCUGUGGGCUUUUUAUUUCAUUAUAUUUUUGUUCUCUUUUUUUAAGAGGGAGAUCUUAUAGAAUGGAAGUUAAACUGUUUAAUGAAUGGCGUAACUUUUUACUGUUUUUAUAUUUUAAAUUUGCAAGGGUUAAAAAAAAGAAAUCCCUAUUUUUAGGGUCUUGUUAAAACAAAUCCUGUGUAGAUAUGUUUAUGUAUAAAAAAAGACCUUGUUAUGUCAUGUAACUUUUUUUUCUCAUGUUUAAAUAUGACUUAACUUUUUAUUUUGUUAUUUUUAUACACAUUUAAAGCCUUAACUAUAUCACUGUAUCUUUAUGACUUAUUUUCGUUUUCUCAUAUUGGUGUUGUCCUGUAACCAGUACUGUAUCUUAUUUUUUGUUAGCAUGGGAUAUACUGUAAAUAUACUAUACAAUACAUACUGUUAACCCAUUUUCUAUAUUAAAAAUGAUAUAUAGUUCUAGUUAUUAUAAAAAGAACAAAAUCUUUCCCCCUUUGUCUUGCAUUGUGGUACCUUAUGAAGUUUGCUUUGGCUGUAUGCUCUACAGCCAAAAUGUUACAAACACAAAAAAAAUAAAAAAAAUAAAUAAAAAGAGUGAAACAGAUUUAUGUAAAAAAAUUAAAAACACUUUGUAUCUUUUUGUUGUUAAAAUAAAUGCUGAAUCUGAAAUUGCA